UAGGAAAUAUGAUGCAAUACCUCGGGGGAAGAGAAAAGUGAAUAGAAGAAGAUUGAGAAGAGCGGAGGAUGAGGAGCUUGGAUCAAAGGAGGAAGUAGCGUUGCAAAUUCUCUCCAUCUUCCCAUCUUCGGUCUUCAUACGUCGUCGUCUAAAGAGAGAGAGAAUCCACCACCAUCCCUCACGUCCCGGAACGGACUGGUCUUCUCCUCGUUAACGUCUCUGCUGGACCAAAUGUUCUCUCUCCGCUCAGUCAAAUGAGGAGGGAGUUUAUAUAACAACUGCCAUGCGAAUUUUAUCCCAAUACGUUUGGCUCGCUCAAUUCAAGGUCAAAUAUUUCUUCUUAAUUUCUCAGAAACUUGUUUUCCCCCAUACAACUUCAAGAUGACUUUCGCCGGCGACCAUCGCAAUGCCAAGGAAGUAAUUUCUGAUGCCGGCGCUGGUGCUGCUGCAGGCGCUAUAGCAGCCACUUUUGUGUGCCCUCUUGAUGUGAUCAAGACAAGAUUGCAAGUCUAUGGCUUGCCUGAAGGCUCUUCUGGUGCUGGAGGUAGUGUCAUUGUCACCAGCCUAAAGAAAAUAAUAAAGAAGGAUGGUGUAAAGGGUUUAUAUCGAGGUCUUUCUCCAACAAUAGCAGCUCUACUUCCAAACUGGGCUGUGUUCUUCACUGUCUAUGGGCAUAUAAAAAGUGUGCUCCAUUCACCUGACGAUGGCAACAAAGAACUCUCAUUUGGUAAACAUAUAUUGGCGGCUUCAGGUGCUGGCGUUUCCACAGCAAUUGUUACAAAUCCACUGUGGGUAGUUAAGACCAGACUCCAAACGCAGGGAAUGAGACCUGGUGUAGUUCCCUAUGAAAGCAUCAUUUCCGCAUUGAGAAGGAUUUACCAUGAAGAAGGUCGGAGAGGAUUGUAUAGUGGUCUAUUGCCUUCUUUAGUCGGAGUAAGUCAUGUUGCAAUCCAGUUUCCAGCUUACGAAAGUAUCAAGUCGUACUUGGCUAGGCAAGAAAAUACUACUCCAGAUAAGUUGAGCCCCGGAAAAGUAGCAGUUGCCUCUUCCAUAGCUAAAGUAGUAGCCUCAGUAAUGACAUACCCACACGAGGUUAUCCGUUCUAGGUUGCAAGAGCAGGGUGUGGCUACUAAGGAUGCACAGUACACAGGUGUGGUAGAUUGCAUUCAGAAAGUCUUCCGAAAAGAAGGGGCUCCUGGAUUUUACCGAGGCUGUGCAACAAACUUAUUACGAACAACACCUUCGGCUGUAAUAACGUUUACUAGUUAUGAAAUGAUCAACAGAUUCUUGCAGAAAUUUAUACCACAUGAUGAGAAGAAUUCUAACCAGGAAAGGGAGGAAUCACAAUUAUCAUCUAAUAGAAAGCCAUUAGUGCCAUUAGGAAGCGGGGAUGGGCUCAGAACAGGACGAUGAUGAAAAAAAUUCAAUAUUUCUACAUUUAACAAGUUAUUUUGGAAUUUUGCAUUACAUUGGGAUAUCUUUGAAAUAUAUGACUAAAAGAAUAAUAAAUUUUUAGGGUAUCAACAUUUAUUUAUUUUCUUUGGUUUGUGGUUUACUUUUUUGAAUGUCUAAUCUCAUAGAUCUUGGUUUCAAUUUGAAAGAUGUUCAUUUAUUCUCUUCA